CACUUUAUUAAAUUGUUAAAUCUCUUCGUGAGUUUAACAGUUGCACUUUUACUGCUCUCAUGUUUAUUAUUUUGAGGCCAUACACUAGAAUUACUAGUAGGUCACGAGCGUCGGAUAUCAUAGCUAUAUCAUGACGGGCACGCAUCUACUAUUCAUAAGCUUAGCAUUAAGCUUAGGGGCAGCUGUAGAGGUUCAAAGGCCACGCGGAGUACCAAUUACAAAACGACAGUUCUAUGACGAAAACCUUCCAUUCACGUGCCUUGAUGGUUCUCGCACCAUUCCAUUUGAUCGCGUGAACGACGAUUACUGCGACUGCAAAGACGGCUCAGAUGAACCAGGAACCUCUGCGUGUCCCAAUGGUAACUUCCACUGUACUAAUGCUGGCUUCAGACCCACCUUCAUUCCGUCAUCGCGCAUUAAUGACGGCAUCUGUGACUGUUGUGACACCACUGAUGAGUACAACAGCGGGGCCAAAUGUGAAAACACUUGCAAGGAGCUGGGCCGAAAGGAGCGGGAGGUUCUCCAGAGGAUGGCCGAGAUCACCAAAGAGGGCUUCCUCCUCAAACAGCAACUCAUUGAGGAGGCCAAGGCUGGGCAGCAAGAGAGACAGAGGAAGCUUACUGAAAUGCAGAACAGUCGGAAGGAGAUGGAGGAGAAAGUGGAGGCCUUGAGAACUGUUAAAGAAACAGCCGAGGUGCCCGAGAAGGAAGCCAAAGAGCGCCACCUCAAGGCCUGGGAGGAACAAAAGGCAACAAGCCGCGCAGAGAAGGACAAAGCCAAAAUGACCGAGGCUUUUUUCGAGCUGGACGAUGAUGCAGAUGGCUUUGUGUCUCUCGCCGAGCUGCAGACUCAUGCAGAGCUCGAUUCGGAUGCUGAUGGCAGUUUUUCUGAGACUGAGGCCCAGGCCCUGUUUGGAGGGGCUGAACAAGUGGACACAGCAGCUUUUGAGAGGGUGUGGAGCAACAUUAAGGACAAGUAUGUCUCAGAGUCACAGCCUGUGGAACCAACACCCGUCACCACGCCCCCCGAAGAGAGCAAGGAGCCCCUCACUGACAAUGACUCUGAGCCAUACCCUGACGAUGAAGACAUCCUGGAGGAGGAGGAGGAGGAGGAGGAGGACGACGAAGACGAUUUUGCUGAGGAAGACCUCGAUAAGGCCACGCCUACCACGAGAUCUCCAGAGAAGAAGGAGGAAGAUGAAGAGGCCAUGUCCCCGUAUGAUUCUGAGACUCAUGCCCUGAUCGAUGCCGCUCAGAAAGCCAGGGAUGACUUUGAAGAGUCAGAGAGGGCUCUACGUGAAGUGGAGGAUCAGAUCAAGAACAUUGAGAAAGAGAUUUCCUUUGAUUUUGGCCCCAGUGCUGAGUACACAUACCUUUACAGCCAAUGCUAUGAACUCCCCACCAGCGAGUACAUCUAUAGACUCUGUCCCUUUAACCGUGUCUCCCAGAAACCUAAGUAUGGAGGCUCAGAGACCAACCUGGGUACUUGGGGAGCCUGGGCAGGGCCUGAGGAGAAUAAAUACCUUUUGAUGAAAUAUGAGCAUGGCACUGGAUGCUGGCAGGGUCCUAACAGGUCCACCACAGUGAAGCUGACCUGCGGAAAAGAAACAGCUGUGACAUCCACAUCAGAACCCAGUCGCUGUGAAUACCUGAUGGAGUUCACCACACCCGCUGUGUGCCAGGACCCACCCAAUGCUGACUCCUCCCUACCUGGCCAUGACGAGUUCUAGAGCCCCAACCGCUUUGUGCUCUGGUCGGUGUGGCCCAUACCUGUUCCUAUCAUCCACCUUGCUAUGCUCUGGUUCCUGUCCAGACUGAUCAGGACAAGGUUAUGUUUCAGUGAAGCUUAUGAUGGAUAAAGUGCUUCAUAUUUGUUUAACUGGUUUUGUUGUCCUUUUCAUACUGAUGCAGAACUCUGUCCACAUUCCAUUGUGAGUUUGCAAAUAAAGUUGAAUUUGUGUGAACCCCCAGA